CUUGAUCAUUGCCUAGGGAACGCACUGGCCCAAAACAUGGCAAUAAGAUCUCGACGAAUUGCUUGCGCGUACCGCGAUUUUUGCAGAGCUGUUCAGACGACAUUUGCUGCGGACCGUUUUGCACAGCAACAACUCAGGUUGGAAACUGCCCGCACCCUGCGGAAACAUGUUUAUCAAAUGUCGGAAGAUGCACUUGUUGCAGACCUGAAGUCAGGAACCGACAUGAUCAGAUACGAAAUCAUUCAGGCAUCCCUGAAUCCAGAGACGCAGAACUACCGAGCCCACAUCAAUCAGGAUCACAUAUCGAAAGGACGCGUACUUGACCUCCUAGGACCCGAUGAGAUGCUGAAGCAGAAGCCGUGAACGAAAA